GAUCCUUUUAUUUCUCUCUGCUAUAUUAGGAUUUUUGAUGCAUAUAUAUGUAUUCAUGGAUUAACAAAAAAUAAUUCUCUAACAAUGCAGAUAUCAAUGGAGAAGGAAUUCAACAAGCCUUUUGUCAGCAGCGUUGGAAAGGAUGAAUCUUCUCGGCUUUGGAUCCAAGCUGAGAAAGUAUCUGAAGGCAAAAUUAAGAUGAAAAUACUGAUGAGGUCCGCAGAAAAGGCAUGGACUGCAGAAUUAACUGAUGCCACCGCCAGCAAAUAUUAUACACAAUACAGCCUCUCAGCCAAAGACUACUGGAAUGCAAUCCUGUCUGAGCUUUUGAGUCCUUCUGAAAACUUUUCCAUUUCUGUUCGCAAUGAGGAGUUUGUGGUUGAAAAACUGGGCAGCAAUCAGAUCAGAUUAGUGUAUGCAAAAGUGGACGUUGAAGAGGCUCCAUUUCUUCAAUGUCUGCUAUCAAUGACAGAGACUCUCCUUGAGACGCAAACUGAGCUGAGAAAAUCUAACAAGAGAUUAGAGAAAAAAAUUGUUGACGUCACUGAAGAUAAAGUUAUUCUGCAAGAGCAAUUGGAGAAAUUUACUGAAGAUGCAGUUACAAAGGAGGAACUUUUGCUUUCAAAUUUCCUAGCUGUCCUUAACGCCAAGAAAGAAAAGAUCCAAAGGCUCCAGGACGAAAUUGAAGGCAAAGGAGAAGAUGAUGGAAGUCCUGCAGAAAAUGAAUAUGACGCUGAAACUGACGUCGAUGAAGGGCAGGACACUCCUCCGAAGGACCAGCCAUCAUCUUCGAGCAGGCCCGAAAAAGCCAGGAAGACUGAUCUUAGAGAUAAUUUUGAUGAUGUUAUGGAUUUGUAACGUGAAUUAUAUCAUAAAAGGAAAAAUUUUUAAAUAAAAAUGCCGAAAAAAUGU